CUUCUGAUGAACUCCUCCUUGCCAAGAAAACUACUACACUGAAAAGGCGUCGGCACGCGGGCGGUGAGGAUAGCGUAGCGUAGCAUAGCAUAGCAUAGCAUACCGCAGGCGCUGCUGGUUGACAAAUGGCAAGCUUAUUCCCACAGCUCGCGCAGAUGGAGCACGGCGUAGCCGGCGCCUCCCAUGGCGCGCCGAGCUUCCUGUUCUGCAAUGGCGCAGGUGCAGCCACGGCAGACUCAGCCUCGCUAGAGACCUCGUCCGGUGUUCUCGACACCUCCCCACGAGGCGGAGGCGCUGAUUCUGGCGGUAGGAAGGCCCCGACGAAGCCCAGGGAAGACAGCGCCAGCGCCAGCGCCAGCUUCAGCUUCAGCUCUGCGCACUCCAAGGACUCGAGCUCGAAGGGAAGCACCAAGAAUAGGGGAGGGAAAAGAGGCAGAAGCAGCAAGGAGGUAGACGAGGAGGAGGAGCCCAAGGGGUACAUACACGUCAGGGCAAGGAGAGGGCAAGCCACGGACAGCCACAGCCUUGCGGAGAGGGUGAGGAGGGAGAGGAUCAGCGAGAGGAUGAGGGUGCUGCAGGCCCUGGUCCCUGGCUGUGAUAAGGUCACUGGAAAAGCCCUCGUUUUGGACGAGAUCAUCAACUACGUGCAGUCCUUGCAGAACCAAGUCGAGUUCCUUUCCAUGAAGAUCGCUUCACUGAGCCCUGUGCUGUAUGGCUUUGGCAUGGACACUACUGACGCUUUCAGCACUGACCAUACUACUCAAAAAAUCGAAGGGAUGCUCCAGCUCCACCACGAGGCGCUUGCGGUGCCUAGCUCUGCCCUGAGCAGACCUCCAUUCGAGGCUAUCGCGGACAGUACGCACGCCACCGCCUCUGCCUCCUCCCCCCGGUCCUACGAGCUCCACGGCGAUGGCGGCGGCGGCGGCGCCAGCAUCUCUUUCCCGCAGGACGGCGGCGGCUACAUGGCGCAAACAGUAGGUGGGCCAAGGCCAGAGCUGUUCAACCAAGUGGUGUUCAGUAACCACAUGUGCUCUUUCCAGUAGGGCGAGGGUGAUGAGAAGACGACAGGUAAUGCAGCAAGCAAACUUGCAGGACGGAGGAGAUGAUGCUGGCUGGGAGGAUAUAUGAUCUAUUUGGGAAGCGUGUGUGUCGCCGGAUGAGUCUGUGAUGUUGGACGACGCACGUAGUCCAUCCCCUUGUCUGGUGGCCGUAACGGGACGGGGCAUGCAGUAGCUUGCAAUAGCAUUAUUUAGCUGUUAGAUUUGAGGUCUCUGUCGCCAUCGCUUCAUCUAGGCUCUGGAAAAUCAUUUGUUCAUACACAAUGUUAAUCUGUGCUUCCUG